GACUUUGGGGUGUCUCGGCCAUUCGCAAUCUCCGCCUCAGAGGAAAUCGCAAGUGCCUGAAGCUUUUCUUUGUGCUGCUGGAGGUAGUCAUCCCAAGGAGAACGUGCACUACCAUCGUGAUGUGGAAUUGUGUUCGGUAGUAACAGCUACAAUGCUCUUCAGCGUCAAGGGACGUCUACAUCUGGGGCUUUAUUGCUGCUGGGAAAGACCCUUGAGAGAUCCUGUAGGCGACGCAGCUGCUAGGAAAUCGGUGGCCUGAGGAUUGAGGCCUGAGGCCACCUGGGGAAGUUGAGGAAAACAUUUAUAAAAUAAUAGAAGGAGCAGUGGAGUGACCAGGGUGAUUUAGGGAGCGAAGCGAAAGGUGUUCGAUGAUAGAGUUGGAGUGACUUUGGACUGACCUUUGGUCUCUCACUGUUUAAGAUUUUCAGGAAAAGCUUAGCAGGAGAUCAUCUUUUAGAUUUUGCAUGGGUUUCAGGUGGCUUGGACUACUGGAUAAAAGUAUUGUUAAAUGACUCACCCGUUAUAAGUACAAACAAGACGCUUCUGCAUGACCCCAUAGAGAAGAAUGAGCUACUCUGAUGAUAGAUUUCAGAAGUCAGUGGAAGCUUCCUUUCCCAAAACAAUUCUGAGCCGAGGAAUGGAUAACCGCUACCUGGUGUUAGCAGUUGACAUUGUGCAGAACAAAGGAAGCUACGAAAAGCACCUAAUCAUCACUGCAUCCCGGUCUCUAGAAUGUAAAGAACAGUGUAUUCUCAGGAAUGACUGGUGCUCUGUACCCGUACAGCCAGGGGACAUCAUUCAUUUGGAAGGAGACUGCUCAUCUGAUACUUGGAUAAUAGAUAAAGAUUUUGGAUUUUUGAUCCUAUAUCCAGACAUGCUGAUUUCUGGUACAAGUAUAGCCAGUAGUAUUCGGUGUAUGAGAAGAGCUGUUCUAAGUGAAACUUUUAGGAGCUCCGAUCAAGCCACACGCCAGAUGCUGAUUGGCACAGUUCUCCAUGAAGUAUUUCAGAAAGCAAUAAGUGAUAGCUUUGCACCAGAAAAGCUAAGAGAACUUGCUUUUCAAACUGUUCAAGAGAUAAGACAUUUGAAGGAAAUGUACCGCUUAAAUCUGAGUCAAGAUGAAAUAAAACAAGAAGCAGAGGAGUAUCUUCCUUCCUUUUCCAAGUGGGCUGGAGAUUUCAUGCAUAAGAGUGCUUCGGCUGACUUCCCUCAGAUACAGCUUUCCCUGCCAAGUGAUGGUAGUAAUAAGAAUUCAACAUGUAACAUUGAAGUCGUAAGCUCACUGGAUAUUGAAGAAAGCAUUUGGUCCCCUAGGUUUGGCAUGAAGGGCAAAAUAGAUGUUACAGUUGGUGUGAAAAUACAUCAAGGUUGUAAAUCGAAAUAUAAAAUCAUGCCACUGGAGCUUAAAACUGGCAAAGAAUCCAAUUCCAUUGAACACCGUGGUCAGGUGGUUCUCUAUACACUGCUGAGCCAGGAGAGGAGAGCAGAUCCUGAGGCGGGCUUGCUUCUUUACCUCAAGACUGGGCAGAUGUACCCUGUGGCUGCCAAGCAUCUGGAUAAAAGAGAAUUAUUAAAGCUAAGAAACCAGAUGUCAUUCAUUUUGCUGCACCGUACUAGCAAAUCUGCCACUGGAAAGGAGAAGACACAGCUUGCUUCUUUGCCUCAAAUGAUUGAGGAGGAGAAAACCUGUAAAUAUUGUUCACAAAUGAACAACUGUGCUCUUUAUAGCAGAGCAGUUGAACAAGAGAUGGAGGAUGGUUCAGUCCCAGUGGUUAUGCUGCCCAGAAUAAAAGAAGCUACCGAGCACCUGAAGUGCACGCACUUACAGUAUUUCAGUGUUUGGUGUCUCAUGUUAACCCUGGAGUCACAAUCAAAAGACAGUGGAAGGAAUCAUCAGAGUAUCUGGCUCAUGUCUGCUUCUGAAAUGGAGGAGAGUGGUAGCUGCAUUGGAAAUCUGAUCAGAACAGAACAUGUACAGAGAGUUUGUGAUGGGCAGUAUGCACAAAGCUUCCGACGUAAACAAGGUGGCAUGCCCAUCACAAAUCUGAUGGCAGGGGACAGAAUUAUCGUAAGUGGAGAAGAGAGAACACUGUUUGCUUUGUCCAGAGGAUAUGUGAAGGAGAUUAACACAACAACAGUAACCUGUUUAUUAGACAGGAAUUUGUCAGUACUUCCAGAAUCAACGUUGUUCAGGUUAGACCAGGAAGAAAAAAAUUGUGAUAUAGACACCCCAUUAGGAAAUCUCUCUAAAUUGAUGGAAAACACUCAAGCCAGCAAAAAACUUCGAGAAUUAAUCAUUGACUUUCGAGAACCUCAGUUUAUACCCUACCUCAGUUCUGUCCUUCCACAUGAUGCAAAGGAUACAGUCGCCAGCAUUCUAAAAGGUUUGAAUAAGCCUCAGAGACAAGCAAUGAAAAAGGUUCUUCUUUCAAAAGAUUACACUCUCAUCGUGGGUAUGCCUGGGACAGGAAAAACCACUACCAUCUGUACCCUUGUGAGAAUCCUCUAUACCUGUGGUUUCAGUGUUUUGUUAACCAGCUAUACACAUUCUGCUGUUGAUAAUAUUCUAUUGAAGUUAACCAAGUUUAAAAUUGGAUUUUUGCGUUUGGGUCAGACUCAGAAGGUUCAUCCAGAUAUCAAAAAAUUUACAGAGGAGGAAAUUUGCAGAUCAAAAUCCAUUAAAUCCUUAGCUGUUCUAGAAGAACUGUAUAAUAGUCAACUUAUAGUUGCAACAACAUGUAUGGGAACAAACCAUCCAAUAUUUUCCCGUAAAACUUUUGAUUUUUGUAUUGUGGAUGAAGCCUCUCAAAUCAGCCAGCCAGUUUGCCUGGGGCCGCUUUUUUUUUCUCAGAGGUUUGUGUUGGUGGGAGAUCAUCAGCAGCUUCCUCCCCUGGUGCUUAACCGUGAAGCAAGAGCUCUUGGCAUGAGUGAAAGCUUAUUUAAGAGAUUGGAGCGGAAUAAGAGUGCUGUUGUACAGUUAACUGUGCAGUACAGAAUGAACAGUAAAAUCAUGUCCUUAAGUAAUGAGCUGACCUAUGAAGGAAAGCUGGAGUGUGGAUCAGAGAGAGUGGCCAGUGGAGUCAUAACCCUACCUAACUUUAAAGAUGUGAAGCUGGAAUUGGAAUUGUAUGCUGAUUAUUCUGAUAGUCUCUGGCUGAAUGGUGUAUUUGAGCCAAAUAAUCCUGUUUGCUUUCUCAAUACAGACAAGGUUCCAGCACCGGAACAAGUUGAAAAAGGUGGUGUGAGCAAUAUAAUAGAAGCCAAAUUAAUAGUUUUCUUGACUUCAACUUUUAUUAAGGCUGGAUGUAACCCCUCUGAUAUUGGUAUCAUUGCACCAUACAGGCAGCAAUUAAAGAUCAUCAGUGAUUUAUUGGCACAUUCUUUUGCAUCAGUUGAAGUUAAUACAGUAGACAAAUACCAAGGAAGAGACAAAAGAAUAAUCCUAGUAUCAUUUGUUAGAAGUAAUAAGGAUGGAACUCUUGGUGAACUCUUGAAAGAUUGGCGGCGUCUUAAUGUUGCUAUAACCAGAGCCAAACAUAAACUGAUUCUCCUGGGGUGUGUGCCCUCACUAAAGCGAUAUGCUCCUUUGGAGAAGCUGUUUUGUCAUCUAAACUCAGAAAAAUUAAUCAUUGAUCUUCCAUCAAGACAGCAUGAAAGUCUCUGUCACAUACUGGGAGAUUUUCAAAGAGGAUUUAAGCUUGGUGUCAUCUGGCCACGAAUUCUGCUUCCCUGCCUGAAAUGAAUAAACACUGGUUUUCUGUCUACAUCUCUUUCCCCGCGAUUGUUUUUACGAACCGAUGAUUUGGAGCUGUCUGCCCAGUGUCAGGGGAUUUCUACCCACCGUUCACUGAAUUCGCUUCUCCAAAUUCCUCUGAUCUCCCGGAGCUGGCGAAGACCAAGAGAAAUGAAAGGAGGCG